GACUGACUGACUGACUGACUGACUGACUGACUGACUGACUGACAGACAGACAGACAGGCAGAACUACAGGUAGACAGACAGACAGAUUGAUAGAGACAGACAGACAGACAGACAAACAGGUAGACAGACAGACAGGUAGACAGACAGGCUCCCCUCAGCCGUUGUGAUGACAGCUCAUAUUUGCCCCAUAGGUGGCACUGUUGCUUCUCAUGAGCGACCCACACACAACAGGUUGUCUUCCACUUCUGUCUUCACUCACUGGACACUAAUGAGGCUUCCCAGUUGUGGGUUACACACAUUUUCAGCCGCAUGUUUUGUGUUAUGGUUAAAAACUAGGCCUCUACAUUUUUGGGGUUGGUUUCAUUAGACUCCACGUGACAGAUGUGGAUUUUGUUUAUUGUGGAUUUUACUGGUAUGAGAGGAUCUAUUUCGCUCUCACGCGUUAAAAUGUUCUAGUAAUUUACACUAAAUCACCUGAUGCAUAUCUGCGCUUUUAAUUUCGUUAGCGUCUUCUCUGAAGCUCCUCUUCUCACCCGAGCGACACCAUUAUUAUUAAACCUAUUCCGUGGUGAGACACCGGCGCUCCUCACUGAUUUUAGGGUCAACUUUAUUUUCCCGACGAUUUCCGGGGGAAAAAGGCGCAAUCUUCACGUGAUGCGAGGCGUGAAUCGUUUGGCGCAAUACUCGCUGACGUGACGCCCGCAAACCCUCUAAUUUGCCAAUCCAGCCUGGAGUGCGCGUGCCACCCACCCCCCACCGCCCUCCCCUCCUCAGUUCCUGCACCAGCGCUCUCCGCUCGUCCACAUCCACGGGGUGCAGAGAGGCAACAGCUCGGGAGCCACUUCGGCGCCGCUUCCGAUCCGCGCACGGCUGUUUUUAUCGCCUGCAAAGUUGGGGGAGCGUGCGUCAGACGCCGCAGACCUCGUGGGCUGAGCCGCUCGUCACGUCCAGGUGAUUUGGACCGCUGUGAAGCCACCUUUUUUAUGAGAAAGAAGAAGAAGGAGGAGGAAGCAGCCGCGCAUCAGGGGAUUUUCUGCGUGGGGAAACAGACGCGUUGUUGAGGACUUUUCUUUCGCUCCAAUCGUUAAUGAGCAGAUUAAUUUUGAUGCCACGUGCUAAUAUUGGAUGAGACUGCGGCGCAGCGUCCUGAGCAGCGAGAGAUAUGGUGGUGACGCGUGGAAAGCAGCAGCAGCAGCAGCAGCCCGGUUAUGAGCGGACGGCUGCGCACAGAGGAUAAAUUGCGUGCAAACUUGUGCGGCUUCCCGCAGAGGGACUUGUUCGGCGGCUCACCCCCGCGUGCCAGCAUGAGUGCGCGGCGCGACGCGGGGUCGCUCCGGCGCGCGGGACUCACCGCGCUCCUCCUGUGCACAGUGGUGGACAGCAAGGUGAUCCUGGACGGCCUGCAGAGGUACGGCCCCACGCCCAUCUAUCUGCCUGUCAGCUACCGGAUCCUCGACGCCGAGUCGGCGUUCUUCUUACAGGAGGCCAACCAGGACCUAAUGAGGAACUCCAGCCUGCAGGCGCGCACCGAGUCCUUCUUCAUCCAGCAGGCCCGACAGGUGCCGUCCGUCAACGCCAGCUACGGGCCGCUGUCCGUCCAGCAGCCGGUGCCGCUGGAGCUGCUGCAGACGCUGCCGGGGCCCUUCAGCGCGCCGCCGCCGGCGCCCGCGCCGCCGCUCUUCACCUUCAACUGGAAGGUCCACACCUACAUCAUCAGCGAGAGCAUCCACCCCAGCUGGCCCAAGGUGCAGGUGCUGUUCUACGUCGCCGGGCGCGACUGGGACGACUACAGCGCCGUCCACAAGCUGCCCUGCGUGCGCAUGUUCGCCUUCCACGAGACGCAGGAGGUGAGGGGCACGUGUCGGCUGAAAGGCGAGCUGGGGAUCUGCGUGGCGGAGCUGGAGCCGCUGGCCAGCUGGUUCAGCCCGCCCACCGUCAGGCCGGGGAGGCAGCGGGUCCCGGAGCAGGCCCAGGGCACCCCCGUGGAGCUCUACUACAUGGUCCAGACGUCCGACAGCGGCGACUGCAGCCCCGAGGACUCGCGGAAGGGCGGCCCGGUGCGGCCGGACCAGCAGAGGCCCAUGGGAUACUUCGCCGGGCACGCGCCCAUGCAGCGCAUUGGCAGCGUGCGCCUCUUCCAGCCGCUGUCGGAGCUCAAGCUGGACAAUAACUUCGUGGUGAUGGUGCCGUCCAAACCCAUCCGGCAGAGAGAGACCGUCUCCACCUUCCUGGCCAUGUCCACGCUCUCGUCGGCCCAGAUUUUCACCCUCAGGGUCAGGCUGAAGGACGGCGUCGCCUUCCUGGGAGCCCGAACCAGCAACCCCGUCGCGUGGACGGUGAGCCAGGACGUGAAGAGCGAAGGCCACAGGAUCGUCACGCUCCACUGUCGCAGGAAGGAGAGCAGCUUCAGCCAAAGCGUGGAGGCGGCGGGCUACCAGCGCGUGCUGCAGGUGGACCUGGAGGUGAACGGGCUGAUGGUGACGCAGAGGGGGAGGGAGGUGACGUGGCAGGUGGAGUAUCCGCUGACCCGCACCCUGACCGCCGAGGUGCAGACCCUCAUCCGUCUGGCGCCGCAGGACCUGGGUGGCAUCGUUCCACUGGCCAUGGACAAUGAAAUCCUCAACACGGCCGUCCUCACCGGGCGAACGGUCGCCGUGCCGGUGAAGGUGGUCACCGUGGGAACGGACGGCGCCGUCUCUGAUGUGACGGAGUCGGUGGAGUGCAGGUCGACGGAUGAGCAGGUUAUCAAGGUGUCGGAGCGCUGCGACUACGUCUACGUCAACGGGAAGGAGACGCGAGGCCGGAGCAGAGUGAUGCUCAACUUCACCUACAGCUUCCUGAGCGCCCAGCUGGAGAUGAGCGUGUGGAUGCCUCGCCUGCCCCUGCUCAUCGACGUGUCCGACCCGGAGCUCAGUCAGAUCAAGGGCUGGAGGGUGCCCGUGGGAACAGGCAGCAGGAGGUACGAGAGGGUCGCCGACGACAAGGACGACGACGGCGCAGCCUCCAGGAGGCCGGAGAGCGGCUGCGUGCCCCAGUACCAGAGCACGGCCCUGCGGGUGCUCACGCACUUCGUGGCGGAUCCGGAGGAGCCCAGGGGGUCGGCGGAGGACGACACGGCGGCCCAGCAGAGCUUCCUGCUGGGCAGCGACUGGCAGGUGGAGGUGACGCAGCUGGUCAAGGAUUCUCUGCGAGUGGAGGACCCGAGGGUUGCCCAGCUGCUGGAGGGCCAGGUGGUGAUAGGCCUGAGCCCGGGAGUCACACAGCUGCAGGUGCUGUCCCCGCUGACGGCCUCCGUCCUGGCGGAGAGGAGCGUCAGGGUGCUGGAUGAUAAAGUGAGCGUGACAGAGCUGGGGGUGCAGUUGGUGUCUGGACUCUCGCUGUCCUUGCAACUCAGCCCCGGGAGCAACAGGGCCAUCGUUGCCACGGCUACCACGCAGGAAGUUAUCGAAUCGCUGAAGCAGGAGUCCCUCAUCAGCGCUUGGCUUCAGUUCAGCGACGGCUCCAUGACGCCCCUGGACAACUUCAACCCUGCUCAUUUCACCCUGACGGCCACCUCCUUGAAUGGACAGGUGGUGGAGGUGCAGCGCAGCGCGGCGUGGAAGUGGCCCGUUAUCGUCGCCAAGGGCGAGGGCCAGGGCUCGCUGGUGCGCGUGGAGAUGAGUCCGUCGGACGCGUGCCAGAAGGGCCAGCGGCGCGCGGUUCUGGCCACCGGCACGGCCAACAUCCAGGUGCGGCUCGGCCCGCCGGAGGAGCCGUACAGGCAGGCGGGGGGCCGGCGGACGCGGCCGCACUCGCCGUAUUACGGGGGCUCCAUCUCGGACUUGGAGACUGGGUUGACCAACCGCGGCGCCACCACCAUUCGGGGCAGCGCCCCGCUGAGGCCCAGCGGGGGGCGUCUGUCUGCGGAUAGCGGAGCGAGGGCCCCGAAUGAGUUCUCCGAAUACCCCGAUCAGGCCGAGCUGCCGCGCAGCCGCAGUUCUGAUGAGGACUUGUUGCCGUCGCGCCGCGGCCUGACGGACCUGGAGAUCGGUAUGUAUGCUUUGCUGGGGGUCUUCUGCCUGGCCAUCCUGGUGUUCCUCAUUAACUGCAUCUCCUAUGCAUAUAAGUACCGUAGCAAACAGCUGUCCAUGGAGGCCCCGGAGGCCAUGCCUCACGCCCAUGACUGGGUGUGGCUGGGCCAGGAGGAGGGACUGUGCCUGCAGCAGCAGCAGGACGAGCUGGGGGGCGCGCUGGAGGAGGGCAGCCAGCUUUUAAACGGGGGCGUCCAGCGGGGCGGCGCCGGUGUGGGAGGAUGCAGCUCGAGUGCAGCGCUCAACUCGCCCACCACCAAGAGAAAAAGGGUGAAGUUCACCACUUUUUCCAAGGUCAAGUCCAGUAAUGGAUGCCCCGUGCUCAGCCCAUUAGCACUCGUUCAGACCAGCGAGAUAAAAUGGGUAUGUCCAGACAUUGAGCUCGGGGACUCAAAGGAUCUUAGGAACUACAUGGAAAAGCUGAACGAGAACGCGAUUAAGAACAUUGCUUGAGGAGCCCCGGGGCAUUUUCACAGAACUAAAGAGAAACUCACCUGAAUGCCUUCACACAGGAGGAGAACGAGGGUUGAAGGGAGGACAGGGGAGCCGACGAGUGCGGGCAGCGAGCCGAGGCUGCUCCUGAACUGUACCUCAGCGUACCGGGACAUGACUAUGCUCGGAAAGUGUCGCGUAAUGGACCACAGCUCGGCAAGAUUUGCCACGACAUAGUUACAAAGGCGAGAAUGUGAGCUUGAUAUUGUUGUUUAACUUAAAUGUCGUUUGUCUUUGAUUCACUUUCCUUUCAGCGAACCACGCGUACUACUUUAGUUUCCUCUUUAAAUCAUCCUGUUUUAAUGUCGUAUAUGUUUUUUUUAGUCGUCAGCGAUUAACAUUCUAGGACAGAAGAGUUACAGCUGUUUUAUAUUGUAUAUAAAUGCAGAGUAUGAGUUGGAAGUAUUCUAUGUAUAGUAACAUUUUGUAAAAGUGACGUUUGGUUAUGUUCUAGUUUGGUUUCCUUAGUUCCGUUGCGUCUCCAGAACCCAGAUCCAUGCAUGACGAUAUUAAACAGGAGGCAUGUGUGUCUGAUCCGGGACCUGAGAUGGAAGCGUGUAGAUAAUUAAUACCUCUGGAGACGUGGAAGUUUAGUAUUACUGCAAAAUGAAGCUGAGUUUUUGGCUUUGGUUUUAAUGUUUUCAUAUUGUUUAAGAAGUUCAGUAAGUUUCCCUCCUUUGGUUUUUCUCUAAGUUGCUGUUUAGACCCCCGUUCCUUCUAGCAGCGGCGCUGCUCACCAUCAAGAGUAUCAAUAGACAAUCACAUUAAUAAUGGACGACUCAAUUAGUUCCUUUACAAAUCAGUCUGUUUAUAGCUCGUAUGCCGUGAAUUAGGUGGAAUCACACACUUAAUUUAUGAAAUACCUGUGUGGCGUUUGAAUCCCAUGACUGUGAUUGAAGUGAUAAACUGUAAUAAAAGGCCAAAUCUGACCUCUUCAGUCCUUUUGUCAAACAUCACCAUCGCUCCUUUUAUAUGUGUUCUACAAUUGGCUGCUGGACUAAUUAAAACCAAUGCUAACUCUUA